AUGACCAUCAUUACCAAUCGCCACGAUUCCCCUCUCCUCACGCCACCAUCUUCAAUUCCCCCUCCCGUCGUCCUCGCUUUCCCCUCGCGUCGCCUCCACUUCCCCCUCCCGUCGCCCCCACUUUCCCUUCCCGAACCCUUCAAUCACACCUUCCCGUCGCCUCCACUUCCCCCUCCUGUCGCCUCCACUUCCCCCUCCCGUCGCCUCCACUUCCCCCUCCCGUCGCCUCCACUUCCCCCUCCCGUCGCCUACACUUCCCCCUCCCGUCGCCUCCACUUCCCCCUCCCGUCGCCUCCACUUCCCCCACCCGUCGCCUCCACUUCCCACUCCCGUCGCCCCCAAUUCCCCUUCCCGUCGCCUUCAAUUCCCCUUCCCGUCGCCUCCACUUCCCCCUCCCGUCGCCCCCACUUUCCCUUUCCGUCGCCUCCACUUCCCCCUCCCGUCGCCUCCACUUCCCCCUCCCGUCGCCUCCACUUCCCCCUCCCGUCGCAUCCACUUCCCCCAUGCUCACUCUCUUCCCCCAUGCUCACUCUCUUCCCCCAUGCUCACUCUCUUCCCCCAUGCUCACUCUCUUCCCCCAUGCUCACUCUCUUCCCCCAUGCUCACUCUCUUCCCCCAUGCUCACUCUCUUCCCCCAUGCUCACUCUCUUCCCCCAUGCUCACUCUCUUCCCCCAUGCUCACUCUCUUCCCCCAUGCUCACUCUCUUCCCCCAUGCUCACUCUCUUCCCCAUGCUCACUCUCACGGCGGGGAGAGAGGGCUGCAUAGGUGCAUGGGGACAGUGGGGACGCAUUCGAAAGGUGGGAAGGGGGGAUUUGAUGUGAGCAUAUGA